GUUAGGCUCUCGAAACCAUUGGAACAUUAACCAUGAUGUCAAAAUCAAAUAUUUUGAUCCAGUUUUUCUUUUUGGUGUUGGUUGCUAGGAGCAACGCACAAGAGCUGAAUGUCAAGGAAACAGACGUUGAAUGUACAUCAAAGGGUGUUAAAAUAGACAUAUCUAAACAAUUUGAAGAGGCCAAGAAUGAAGAAUUGUAUGUGAAAGGAAGCUUUCAGAAGACAAAGGGAUGUUUUUCGAAUGAAACCGGUAUAUUGGAUAUAACAUUUCCGGACUGUGGAACUAAAUUGGGUAGUACCUUCCAAAUUGAAGUGACAGAAGUUGAUAACAUAGAUCUCAUAACUGUCGAUGGGACCAAAACAUCUAUAUUUAACAUAUCGUGUGCUGCACCUGAGGCUAACAAAGAUGGAGGAAUUGUGAAGAAUGUCACAACAGAAAUCGCCAAAGUUGACGGGUCGGUUAAUGCAACUAAGGUUGAUAAGGUUGAUGUUAAACUUGGUGAACCUAAUGCCACGAUGAUAAUCACGAGAGAAGGAGAAAAUGUAAAUGACCAAGAUGUCACGAUUAACACUGAACUUUCCCUUGAAAUCACAGUAACAGACCCAUCAGAUUUCAAUGUCUUCCCAGAAACGUGCUACGCCAUAAAUGGAGCGAAGUCCGUAUCUCUUUUGACCAAAGGUUGUCCAAAUAUACCUAAUGUUUUCCCAGGCUUCAAGAACGAUGCCAAUAAGGUAAUCGCGAAGUUCAAAGCGUUCAGGGUGCGCAACAGUGAGACAACAGGAGACUCUAGUAAUGGAGUAACGUUUUUCUGUUCAGUGAGAAUAUGUGGCAAAAGUGAUGGAUCAGAUCAAUGUAAACUGGCCACGUGCACGGGGAAAGCUCGCUUGAGACGUUCAUCGUCCUACAACAGCGGUGACUCGAGCCAAGAGGACUUGCUUACCUUCAUACGUGUGGUGGAUCCGAAUCAAGAGUCCAAAAAUGUUGGUAACGUAUGCAUGCAGCAGACGAACUUCAUUGUGCUGGUAGUGGUUCUGGCACUCCUGUUCCUUGUCACGUUUACUAUUUCAUUGGUUCUUGCGUGCAAGACAAGAAAGACCCAACACCAGCUCGUGAAAUUGCGAAACUUUGAACGACCAAUGGAAGGCAUCGAAAACCGAGGCUUGCACUAAAUGUUACAAACAUCAUUCACCGGCGUUCAAGCUUAGAAGGACAUCAGGCAGCAAACAAUGCCAGAUUAAAGUACAUUAAACACUCAUUUAACCAAACAAACAACUCAGUUAUCUGCUGCCAAAAUCAUCAUUGCCAUCUGCCAUUAAUCAGCUGCCAUCUUUAUGAACAAAUGUGAAUCUUUUUCUAGACUGCACUUGACAAUAUUAAAAGGGCUGGAUCCCUUUUU